CCCAGCAUUUCCCUCCAGAGCUUGAAAGAGGUGGCAAAUGCUUCACGUGUGCCAGAUGACCGACUUUUGCACCUUCUGUGUCAGAGGACAACUACUGGAGAGCGCCGCGCGACAAAAAAAGUGACUUUGCCAGAAUCUGCUGAUGGUGCGCCGGACCGAGUCAUUAGAGUUUGAAUCAUAUUGGUGUUCUGAGAAGUUGGCGUGCACCCUGCAAAAGUAGCCUGAUCGGUAUCUGCCGUCUUUGAUCUGCUGGCCAAGGAUGGUGCUGGACCAUCGGAGCGCAUUUCGCGCCUCAGUUUUACUGGCGUGUGUGAUAAUCUGCAGUAACGUGCUAUGUCCCGUCGGUGCCUAUCUCUACAACAACCGCUACGCAGGUGAUCAAGUCUUCAGGAUAAUGCCGGGUAAUGAUGAGGAGGUGCAACUGCUCAAGAAAAUUCUGGGACAUAUGAAGGUGGACUUCUGGCAGCCCAACAGUGCUACUCUAAUCUGUCAAAAUGCCACUGUGGAUGUCCAUGUGAAACGCAAUGACACGCGAGGUUUACAUGCGCUCUUAAAGGAGGAACAUAUUGACUAUCGGGUGUUUAUCUCCAAUCUACAGAAGGAAAUUGAAAAGCAGACGGGAUAUCGCUCCUUGCGCAAGCGGAGGUCAGAGUUUCAGUAUGACUACGAGGUUUACCACUCUCUGGAAGAGAUCCAGAGCUGGAUGUUUGAGAUGAACAGAACCCGCCCUGACCUGGUUGACAUGUUCUCCGUCGGGAAGUCAUAUGAGGGAAGACCGCUUUAUGUGCUUCAACUAGGAAAGAGAAGUCGUCAUCAGAAGAAAGCUGUGUGGAUCGACUGUGGCGUCCAUGCCAGAGAGUGGAUAGGACCUGCCUUCUGCCAGUGGUUUGUCAAAGAGGCCCUCAACUCAUACCAGUAUGACUCUGUGAUGAGACGACUGCUUAACCAGCUCAACUUCUACAUCAUGCCUGUCUUCAAUGUGGAUGGAUAUUAUUUCAGCUGGACCACGGAUCGAUUCUGGAGGAAAACGCGGUCCAAAAAUCACAAGUUCCACUGCAGAGGAGUGGACGCUAACAGAAACUGGAAGGUGAAAUGGUGUGAUGAGGGUGCCUCCUCUCAUCCCUGUGAUGACACCUACUGCGGUCCCUACCCAGAGUCCGAACCUGAAGUCAAGGCUGUCGCCAAGUUCUUGCGCAAGCACAAGAAACGUGUCAAAGCAUAUAUAUCCAUCCACGCCUACGCCCAAAUGCUGCUUUACCCCUAUUCCUACAAGUAUGCCACUAUCCCCAACUUCAACUGUGUGGAGUUAGCAGCUCAAAAUGCAGUGACAGCCCUGUACUCUGCAUAUGGAGUGAGGUACAGAUAUGGACCUGCCUCCACAACUCUUUAUGUUAGCUCAGGCAGCUCUAUAGACUGGGCCUACAGGAACGGGAUCCCGUAUGCAUUUGCAUUUGAGUUGAGGGAUACAGGAUACUUCGGCUUCCUCCUGCCUGAAUCCCUGAUCAACCCGACCUGCACUGAGACUAUGAGGGCAGUGAAGGCCAUUGCGUCAGGUCUACUGAAGAAGUGUGAGACAGACAAGGACAGAUUUCCAUAUAUAUGACUGCACUGCAGAUCCCACCGGAGCUCCACCCUCAGUUACUUAACUCAACACCUCAUAUUCCUCCCAGAUAUUAUCAGGCAAAGAGCAGAAUAGGAAUAGCAGAGCAUAGAUUUUAAUUUGCGUUUCCAUGUUCUUGAAGUUGUUCACCUUAUUUUCCUAUUCUGAUAAGAUAUGAACUGAUGGUGGUGGGUUUUCUGUGCUAGGAGCGAUGAAUACUACCAGUGACCAGCCUGUUAAUAUACAAUAAGAUCCCACAUACAGUGUCAGAGAGCAUCCUGCUGGAUCAGUGGGCCGUUAUGUGUCCCAUCAUUUGUCCCAUGCUAAUUCUGUGUUGCUCUUCUCUUACAAAAAAUAAAUAAUGCAGACUUUUCCAUAAUAUAAGCUUUUAACAGUCAACGGUGGUAAUGUGAGCACUUGCCAUGAUACAGCAGCACUUUUUUUAAAGAAACAGCUAUGGUUUCAAUGUCUUCCAAAAUGUGUUAUGUUAAACUUUCACAAGAACUGUUUUUAAGGAAUAUAAACCCAUCUCUAUUUUUAUUCUGGUUGCUUUUUAUUUUGAAAUUAGUCCUACCAAGUGCCAGUUUAGACUUUCAACUAUAAGGUUAAUGUACUAAUGCCUUUAUAACUGCAACAUUUUGGGUUGUUACAUAAUAUACACCUGACAAUGGUCAGGUCUUGAGUUUGGUUUAAAUUGAGAUGUUAUUUUGUUAGAUUUUGUUUUUUGGAAAGAAUGACCUGUCACUUCAGAAGCUCACCGUGUCAUUACUCAGGUAUGGAUCAAUGACAGAGUCAGAAAUGUUUACUUUUGACAGCUUAUGUGCUUAA